AUGUUGCUAGUUCGCAGACGAACUCUCAAGAAAGUUACCUUCUGUCUAUUUCUAGCGUUUGGAGGGUUUCUGUGCUGGUAUAUUUCCCAUGUUGUUCAGCUGAGUUUUCUACGCUCGUACCGUGUUCUAGAAUAUCAGGGAGAAUUGCAAGAGCUGGCGAUGGUCAUGUCAAAUGCGAGUUCGCCAACAAAUAUAUUUUCAACGACACAAUCAAGUGACAAAUUAAAGCACCACAAGACAACUCUUAUAACUACGACUAGUUGUGGGCGGCCCUACUUUCUCCUAGUAGUGGUCUCAUCCGCACCCUAUAAUGCCCAGAGAAGAAGAGAUAUCCGCCUAACUUGGGGGGUCGACAGCGAUCUAAACUCAAGAUGGAAAACAGUUUUUCUUGUUGCUCAAACGCGUAACCGAACGGAGUCGGAAGCACUGUUGCAAGAAGGCGAAACCUUUGGAGAUCUCAUACGCGCGGACUACUAUGAUGAUUAUUGGAAUCAGACCCUGAAGAUACAAAUGGCGUUUGAGUGGGCUUCCAAAUACUGCCAGUUUUCCUUUCUUUUGAAAAUGGACGACGACGUCUUUGUCAACACGAGGGCAUUAAUUUCACUUUUGAAAAACCCGAAAACCCCUCGAGAAAAUCUCUACACUGGAAAGGUUCAUGAACACGCGAAAGUGAUAAGACAUGGAAAAUGGCAAGUCUCCGAAAAUGAAUAUAAUGGGACCUUCUACCCACCCUUCUGUCCUGGUUUCGGAAUUGCUCUUUCCCCUGAUGUUGUGGAUAAAUUUGUCGGUUUAUUCGAUGUCGUACCAAGAUUUAGACUCGACGAUGUUUACAUAGGCCUGCUGGCAAACAAAACUGGUGUCAAGCCAAUCCACAAUCGUAACUUUGAGGUGUGGCCUAAUAAAAAAAAUAGAUGCAGGUUCAUAAGCAGUACUUUGGUGCGACAUACGGUCACUGGUGACUGCCUUUUCAAGGUUUAUAAUGAAAUGCUUUCUUACUUAUCAGCUGUUAAAGGGUGA